GUUUUUAAAUGUAAAUCUCAUCUACCCACCUGCAAUCCAGACAAUUCCAGAGCACCAUUAGAUGACAUUAACUUUAAAACAAUUUAUAUAAUCUGUCAAUGUCACGGAAGUAAUUCAUACUGUCGCACAAAAUCCGGUCGGAAAAUGCUUGACGAAGAGACGCCUGUUAUUUAUGGACUGGAAUUCCAAGCUCGAGCUUUGGCUGCGCAGCUGGCAGAAACAGAAGCAGUGCGAUUUUAUGUCGGAACGCAAUCUUUAAAGUUUGACAAUCAAGUUCACCGACUUGAGCUGGAUGAAGAGAACAACAUGAUAAAACGAGAGGUUUUUCAUCACGGAGACGGAGAAAUUUGGCACAUCUCUGCCUCGCCGACGGAUAAAAACGUCAUCUCCACAGUCUAUAACCACAUUUCUCCUGAAAAAUCAUGCACGAAACACACUGCUGUGUGGCGCACGUCAGACGAAAUGAACCCCACCACUGAAAUCCGUAACCUGAAAUUGCUUACAAAAUUAAACACCUCUUCGAUGGGCGAAGACAUUAAAUGCACCCAUUUUCACCCAACCGAAGAGAACAAGCUGCUGACAGUUGUCGACGGCACAUUUGCAAUUUGGGAUCUCAAUGCUGCUGGUGGAUCUUGUGAUGCCACAACGAAAGGCGCUAUUGAAGGCAAGGGUCAGCCUAAAUUCUCCACGGCGAAAUGGAAUCCUCACCAAGGAAAGAGUAACUUAGCCACUGCGAAUGAUAUGUUUAUCAGAGGAUGGGAUACAAGGACAAACCAAGAGGCUUGGCUCAUUGAAAGUGCCCACAACCAACUUGUCAGGGACAUCGAUUUUAAUCCCAACAAGCAAUAUUUCCUCGCAAGCUGUGGAGAUGAUGGCAACAGCAAAUUCUGGGACAUCAGAAAAACCAAAGUGCCUGUCGUAACCAGAGCUGAUCAUUCUCACUGGGUGUGGUGCGUUCGGUUCAAUCACUUCCAUGACCAGUUGGUUCUCACUUCAAGCACCGAUUCCAGAGUCAUUUUGCUAAGCGCGGCGUCAAUCUCCUCCGAGCCUUUCGGGCACAUAGUGGAGGAAGAUUCCGUGAAUGAGGAAAAACCGGUGCCUCUGAAGGACGGGGUUUUGGCAGUAUACGAGGAGCACGAAGACAGUGUUUACGCCGUGGAGUGGUCCAGCGGUGAUCCAUGGACAUUUGCUUCGCUUAGCUACGACGGACGGCUGAUAAUCAACCAGGUUCCAAAAUCGGAGAAAUACAAAUUGCUUCUUUAAUUUGAUAAAUUUGAAUAACGCAUUCCUUGUUUGUAUAGUAUCUAUGUUGCACAGAAUAAUUGAAUUUAUUGUACAUACUUUCUUUUCAAUGUGAAAAAUAUAUUUAUGAAGUUUUCCUGA